AAUUUUAGUUAAUUUAACUAUAACAGCUGAAAGUAGCGAAACAAAAUGAUUCGCAGAGUAAAUAUUAUAUUGAUUUUUGUGUUGAUAAGUUUGGUGUCGGAUGCUGUCAGUGACUGCGUGAGGUACACAUUCGAAAAAGAUUUUGACGAGCUGUUCACAAAUGAGCUGGGUAUUUGCAAAAACAUGGACUUACCGCCAUGGACAAUUGGAGACUACAGCAGCUUGGGGCUAUCUAGCCCUAAUGAAUCAAGCAAGACAUUCAUAACACCUGGAAGACAAAUGAGUUGUAUUUCAUCAUUUCCUUUCCCAAUGAGAGAAGGAGGGACUCUUGAAGUGAAAGUUUACGUUCAUGAUGCAGCUAUUACUGAUCAAAUCACAAUAGCUAUUAGCCAAAUAUUAAUGUCCGGUAACACAUGGGUGACGGGUACUCAUGUGCAUUCUCCUUUGCAACCAAGUUUUACUACUGGCUGGUACACUAUCAGUAUGAAAGUACCUGGUCCUGACACACAACAAGGCUUUAUCGCCAUGACGGGUAUAGCAUCAUCCCCUAAUUCCAUAGUACUGGUAGAUUCAUUCCGAUACAUACCACCUGGCAUGGAUGAAUAUUUAUGUGAAUUCUACGAACCAACCACCACUCCGGAACCAACCACAACUCCGGAACCAACCACCACUCCCGAACCAACUACCACUCCGGAACCAACCGCCACUCCGGAACCAAUCACCACUCCAGAACCAACGACCACUCCGGAACCAAUCACCACUCCGGAACCAACCACCACUCCCGAACCAACUCCCACUCCGUAUCAAACCACCACUCCGGAACCAACUACCACUCUAGAACCACACACCAACACACCUGAGCCAACCACCACUCCAGAACCAACUACCACUCCGUAUCAAACUACCACUCCGGAACCAACCACCACUCCAGUGCCACACACCAACACACCGGAGAUAACCACCACUCCAGAACCAACUACCACUCCGUAUCAAACUACCACUCCGGAACCAACCACCACUCCAGUACCACACACCAACACACCUGAGCCAACCACCACUCCAGAACCAACUACCACUCCGUAUCAAACUACCACUCCGGAACCAACCACCACUCUAGAACCACACACCAACACACCUGAGCCAACCACCACUCCGGAACCAAUCACCACUCCGGAACCAACCACCACUCCGGAACCAACCAUCAUUCCAAACCCCACAACUACUCCCUACCCACCAUCAACCCCAGAUUUCUGUCCACCUGAUGAUAAACCUGACUCCUGGUUUUGGACCUUAGUUAUUAUUGGCGCGGUAAUACUUCUUAACAUAAUAGUUCUAAUUUUAACAUGUGUGAUAUUCUAUCACCUUGGGUGGAAGAGGGCAGUCUCAGCUGCUAUGAAGCAAGUUUAAUAGUCCUCAGUGGUUUCGCUGUUAAAUAAUGAUUUAUAAGAGUGACAUUGAAAUUAAUCCGUGUUUUAAUAUUCUGUUAAAAUUCAUUGUGAAUAAAGAUCAAGUUUAUUAUUUGUGAUAGUAUUUAUUGAAA